CGUUUUGACGCGGCUGCGGUGGAGCAGCGGCAGCGUGGCUCGACUGCAAGCAGGGAAGCAAAGUAACCUGGCGCAACUCUAGUGUCCCCCCUCCGGAGUCCAGGAGUGUGCUCCGAGGUUAACCCGUCGAUCUGACUCGCGGGAACCGGACAUGACUGACCUGUGGGUCUCGCUGGGGGUGCUGGGAGCCGCCGUGCUGCUCAGCGAGGCGAUCCGCCGCACGGCCGCGCGUCUUUUCCCGGGAGCGGCGUGGAUUUACCUGCUGGAAGCGGCGUCCACCUUCCAGCUCUGCGCCUGCACCCACGAACUCAAACUGCUGGGCGAAACGGCGCGGCUGGAGCCGGCCGCCAGCCUGCUGCUCACCUACACCAUGACGGUCGUCCACCUCUCAACUUUCCGCGAAGCGACGGUUAAUCCCAUCGGAGCCGCGGAGCGCGUUUUCCGCGGGAGCGGCGCGCGCCGCGCGGCGGCGGGGGUCGUCGCCUGUCAGUUCGCAGCCGCGGUCGCCGCGCAGCUCUUCGCGGCCGCCGCGUGGUCGCUGGCCCUGUCCGACGUCCACCAGCGGCACCAGAGGUUCGGGUUCAGGUGCUUCGACCCCCUCGGCGGGACGGUGCUGGAGGCCGCGGCCGCGGAGCUGGCCUGCGCCUUCGCCUUCCAGGCUGCGGUGCUGCACAUCCGCAAAGUGGACCCGAAGCUCCGGGUUCACUGCGUCGCUGCUCUCAUCACCGCUCUGGUUUACGCAGGUGGACGCGUCUCAGGAGCGGUUUUCAACCCCGUCCUGGCCUUCUCCAUCCAGUUCCCCUGCAGCGGCCACACGUACAUGGAGUACGCCUUCAUAUACUGGCUCGGACCACUUCUAGGUGUAGUGAGCUGUAUUGUGCUGUUUGAGAAGAUCAUCCCUUUCCUGUCUGGAAAAAGCACCAUCGGUUUGGACGUCCAGAAGCAGAAAACCCAGUAGCAGUGCUCGAAUCGCCCCAAGUUGGUGUGAUGAGGUUUCUAAGCAGAUGAUUCCGCGUGUGGUGUGCGCAGAACACCAGUAUUACUAACUUUUAUUGUUACUGGCACACACAGAAAGUCCAGGCGUGACUUGUACGUGUCCCGUGAUACAAGUGAACAAACUGUGAAAAGCACAAAGACUGAGCAGUCAUUUGUAAGAAUGAAACUCAGGAAAUACCCACAACACUGAUGUGCCUGAACAAUGUCUUCUCAACAGGCUGCAGCCUAAUUAUAGCAACUAGCUGGAAGCAUAAGCCAGUAAUUAAACAGUGAGAAGAUCAAACGUCAGACCCUAAUUUAGCGACUGUAUUUAUAUAUGAAUGAAGGAAUGCAUUUGUUUAUUAAUACAAACUAAAGAUUGUAAGAAAACUAGACGCUACUCAGCUUGUUUAGUAAUUUGUAAUGAAUGAGACAUAAUGUCUGUAAAUAAUUUUCUCAUUUUAAUUAGAUAUAAAUAUGGAAAGUGAACUGCAGAUAUGACCUAUGAGUAGGGACUUUGCCAAAUAAUAUGUAUGAACUGUGUAAGAUGAACAGCUUUCACUUACUGCUGUCACCACCAAUUUACCAGAAACCAAACAGGAGCAGAGCAUGUGGAAAACACGAGGGACCAAGGUGGUUAACAUGCAGGUAGCAGUGUUAUUUUCCCCUUUGGUAGAACUGCCAGCGUCAUGUUUCAAUGAAUAUCUUGAAAGGUGUGUCAACAAACUGACAACGUGGUUCAGAAGACACUUCUAGGAAAUGAUUAGCACAUAAAACAGACGAACCGCUUCAGAUAAAUGACCGGGUGACAUAAUCAGUGACUCAGCGGGGCCGUCUAAUAUGAAAACCAUUCUGAAGCACAGGGAAUUGAAAGAGAAAGCAAACAGCACAACAACUGGAAUAUUUGUUUUGUCUUAAUCUCAUUUAGUUUCCCUGUUUGUAAUAAUUUGUCACUAAUCCUUUUAAAAUGUAUUUUAUGCAAUAACUAAGAUGAGAAAACCAGAGACUCUGUUUCUGGUGUUGAUUGCUCUUAAUUUUAAAUGACCAAAUGCAGAUUUCAUUAAAAUCUGUUUUUACAGUAACACACCUGCAUCUUAAGAAUGUACUAUUUAUCAGACACAUCUCCGUUGUCUGACACUUAAAUGUACAUCAUUUUGGUUUAGUGAUGUCAUUUACUUUGACAUAUUAUAUUUCAUAAUAUUUUGAUUAAAAUAUCGGACAACUUU